UUAAAAAGGAAAAUUGCAGAUAAUCGAAAGGAGAUUGCAACCGCAGAUGGAGGACCAUACUACCAACGGAGUUUAACGCCUUUGGAGCAGGCCGUGGACGAGCUGCUCAGCUUGUCCACGGCAAUGAAUCCAAGCGGAGCCGCAUUUGGUAGCACUACACCUGCACCUGCAUAUUUAGAAGAAGAAAAUCUGGAAGAUGUCGAGGUGCAGCCUGAACAGGCUGGAAAUGUUAGCAUUUCGUCUAGGCAGGCACCUACAAGCAGAGUGGAGGAGCGCGAAAAUUUGCGUAUGAAGGCUUUGGAGAAACAAGCGGAAACGCAAGAAAGCAUUGUCGGUAUUAUGCAAAAUAUUAAUUCUGUGUGUAAUGAAAUUUCUAGAUACAACAGAAAAAUUUACGAAUUAAAAAAAGAAAACUUGGCACUUUAUAAAAUGAAAGAAGAAAGAAAGAAGGAAGAAUAUAAAGAAAAAAUAGGCGACAUAAAGAAAAAAUUGAAAUAAAACUAAAAGAAUUAGAAUUAAAAAA